UUUUCCCACCCGAAGUUUACAUUAGUCUAUCGCAAACACAAGGUAGCAGCAAUCUGCACCGACUCCUUAUUAAAGUGCUACGCUGGCGAUUUCUCACCAAGUCAAGGCAAUCAAAUAUUUAGGUUCCCGAGACGCCCCUGUCACGCGCCUUUUUCGUACAGUUGUUCUGGAAAUUCGAAAAUCAUCUUAAGUAAAAAAGAAAUUCGCGGUCCGUUUGCGAGCUCCACGUAGGAUGGCAAAAUUUGCAGAGAUGUUCACAGCAGCGUAUCCUAACCGCGCACUCGUUGAAGACUCGUUUAAGUCUAUCGCAGUUGAAAGCAUGCCCCUUUCUACAACCAUCUCUUAAUUUGCCCAUUAAUUUCUUUUUCUCUCUCCGGCGCAGAUGACACCCAUUCAAGAGUUCAAGCACCUCCUCGGUGUGGAAGCACGGCCAUCAUGUUGAGCUGCCACCUACAAGUUCCACGUGAAAAAUAAAAUAGUCACGCGCUACAACGAAGCACAAAAUGGAACCCCGCAGCCUGUGUGUCCCGUGCACCAAGACCCCCGACGAGAGAUGCCAAUUGCUUCAGCACCGAGAAGCCAUUAACGAAGUGCUCCUUGGCGCGGGACUAGAACUGUGCGAGGACGUCCGACAGGUCGGUGGGGCCCGCCUGGCAGUGACUCCGAUUUCCGCCUGCAAGUACCAACUCUGGGAUUCACCAGACGACUGGGUGAGAAGCGCGGCGCUCAUUCUCGCCAGUGAUCUGCUCACUUGUCACUCGCGUUGUUUCACUGCUUUGGAAAUAUACUCCACGGCUGGCUGCACCAGUCAGGCGCUAUACGCACUCAGCAAGAGUGCCGCCUUGAAAAGCUUGACUGUCUGCUUAGUGGAUGACGAGUCUCGCCACCGCACUCACCAUGCUGUUUUCGGAUUCGUCCACGCUCUGCCAUCACUCGAAGAGCUCGUCUUCAAAACCGAGAGCGAUACGCGCUACUCGACGAUUAAAUUUGGCCACGGCCAUCUUCUGGGACGCGCUCUCAGAAACCUCACCACGCUUGAUGUGAGGGCUCUGGAAAUGAGCACAUAUAACGCGGUGCAGUUGGUCAAGGCGCUCAUAGAGAACCGCACCGUCGCUGAUCUAGCUGUCGGAGGCUGCGUGUACAGAGCCGGCUUCAACGGCACGCCCGGGGAAGUGUUUGCCCGUUACCUUACCACUAGUGCCGCCACCCUGAAGAAGCUCACGCUAAGCGACGGCCCGGUUUGCGAUGACCUCGUUCUCUGGAAGACACUCAUCCCAGCGUUCUGUGAAAUGAUCACCUUGGAAGAACUGAAUCUGGACUUAUCCAUCGGAUAUGAAAUCUUCCCCGAAGUGACCGCUCUCUUAGCCGAAGUGGUUCUUCACUGCCCAACCAUACGACUCCUCCAGCUACCUCGGCAAGGACAAUCCUGCCGCGGCCAGUUCCUGAAUGGUGACCGAGAUCCACGAUAUAACGUGGCGCAUUGGAUGAGAGCGUGGCUCAAAGCUCUGCGGACGACCUACAGUUUGCUCGAGCUGCGCCUCAGUUUGCCAGACAUGGACAAAGUGGAGUGUCGAGCUUUAUUACAAGCUGUCGCUAACAACAAGGCAUUGAAGAAGGUGGUACUCCAAGAAGUGCCGCUGAUCACGAAUACCGAAGGCAGCGCCGAUCUGAUGGUCCUCUCCAAAACUAUCCAGGAGCUCAGCCUCGGCGACCGCGUUCGCCUCAUGAACCUUUCUGUGACCUAUCGGAACGCGCCCAAGAUAUUGGCAUCCACAAAACCUUCCACCGUGAACUUCGACAACCUCCGCAUCGAAUUCAGCGCCCAACACGACCUGGAACCUUUAAAGGCAUGCUGCGAGGUGCUCUCCCGCCGCGGCACCACAACGUCGUUCAACGUCUGCUGCGGUUUGAUGAGUCUCGCUGCGUUCGACAACUUGUUGGAUUGGUUAGCCAAGUCGUCCACGCUGACCCACGCGGAAAUUUUCCCUUGUGAUCACGCAGGGAUAGUGGAUUUCUGCGGUCACUGCGUUGUCAUGUACGACCGGGUGGUCUCGGCGCUGGCGAGGAACGCCAGCAUCGCUAGAGUAAGUUUUGUUGGCCCCGUCCAGGUACAAUCGACACACCUUGAGGCUCUCUGGUACUGCGCUCGUAAGCAUCGAAAUCUCAUCGGGAUCAGCCUGCCUCCAACUUGGAGGGACAUCGACACGUGCAUCCGACUUUACAGAGAUUCGCCGAACAUGAACCUCUACGUGGACUGGAUGAGGGAGCUGCAGCGGCUCAUGCUCAAGAACGCCGCUCGAAUAAGUGUGGCGGCCAGGUUCGUGUUGGGCGAGGACAUCCGCAAGGGUGCCAGACUCAUCGAACGCCUGCACGAGCAUCCUCGGUUGCUGGAACUGGUGCGGGAAGGAGCAUCGGUCACCGACGCCGAGGCCCAGGAGAUGGCCCAGCGAGCCAUGGAGAGGGUGCGGGACUGCAGCCUUCGCGACUACAUGAGGCUCACCGGCGUGAUCAAGGAGAAAGUGGAGCGCCUUGACACCGACUCCAGAGAAGUCCACCUCGUGAACUUGCCGGCAGACUUCUGGCUCAUGGUGCGCCGAUGCCUGAAGAUAACGCACGUUGUUAUCCCGCGCGGAGUCCAAGUCUGGGAGGGCUUGCCCCCCGUAGAAUCUCUGUUUAGUAUGAGGCUUGCAUGAGCCCCCCUUCUCUCGCUCAUUUCCUUCAUCCCCCCGCCCCAUAAAAUAUUGUUGCAGCGCCACUCGCUGCCCAUACCGACCUAUCUUCUUUCAAUGGGUGCUGCCCUUGGCUAUAUAACGGAAGCGCGCUUGCCUGCACAGCAAACACCGUAUGCACGCACUAAACGAGAAAUAAAAGCAU